UUUUCUCGUCUGGUUUCUCCACAAAUGCAUGCCAAAGCAACGGCUGACGGGGGGUUGUCUGUGCAGUGAUUCGGUCCUAGAAGCAGCGCUGAUAUUAAAACUUUGCUGUUGAUUUUUACUGAAGAAAAGAGUGUAUGGAUAACAGCAAUGACUGACUAACGACGCUGCGUUUUUCAGAAAUGUGCAAUGACGUAAAUGAUUCGUUUUAGCCUCUGUACGAAUAAGUUUAGUGUAUGGCUUCCACACUGUUUAAGGAGCGUGUUUAUUCGUCAUAUUUUAGCAACGUGAUUAUUUUAACAGCUUCUGUUAAAGAAGUGUUGGUGCAGACGGCGACCAGCGGGAACCCUGAAAAAAAGCCUACAUGGAUCGGGGAGUACCGGGUAUUUGUGACAAACAUCUUCUCACAUCCUGAAGCACUCCUAGUUUAUUGAUGCAGCAGCGGUGUAACGGGUCCCUCUGCAGUUUGGGGCUGUCUUACUCAAAUUGGUCGUACAUAAUGCCUCCAAUCACCUUCCAGGACCUCCCUCUCAACAUCUACAUGGUCAUCUUUGGGACCGGCAUCUUUGUCUUUGUCCUGAGUCUCAUCUUCUGCUGCUACUUUAUAAGUAAACUGAGACACCAAGCCCAGAGCGAGAGAUUUGGAUACAAGGAGGUCAUAUUCAAAGGGGACACCAAGAAAUUGAAUCUCCAUGGGCAGACAUGUGCCGUCUGCCUGGAGGACUUCAGAGUGAAGGACGAGCUAGGAGUGUUGCCAUGCCAACAUGCCUUUCACAGGAAGUGCCUGGUGAAGUGGCUGGAGAUCCGCUGUGUCUGUCCCAUGUGCAACAAGCCCAUCGCCGGCCCCCCAGGGCAGAGGCACAGCCUCGGGACCCUGCUGGACGAGCUGGUGUAGAGACGCGCCGCCUCCGCGCAAACGGUACGCCGCGAGGGCGCAAAUCAGUACACAGCAGCAGCAGCAAGCUAAACAAACACCGACGCGGAACAGCCCUCCGGAAGGCAAAGCCACACUGGCGAUGAAUCAGGAGAACACGGGAGGAGCCGGCUGUCGAGAGACUUUUAACGCAACCCAGGGACCUGGAGUUAGCAAUAUCGACAGUGGAACUCCACCAAAUGAGAUGGACAAACAUCUGACUGAAAUUUUCAUCUGGCAGUGGCGGUUAAUCUAGUUUAUACAGCAAGUUUGAUGUAGCCCUUGAGUCUGGAUACGGUGGAUUAAAAAAUAAAUGUGGUUUACAGGAUGCUCCUGUCCAGGCUCAUGGGCAUGAAGGAAGUUGGAUCUAUUACCCCUUUGCUAAUAUGGGGGGAAAUUAUAUAUAUGUACAAUGACCAUGUGUAUGUGUGUACAUACGUAAGUUUGACUGAAUUGCACUGGACUAUCAUCUGUGAAAACUCAGUUGUUUAUUGAACUUGACUUUUUUUGUAAAAAAAAAAACUAAAAUUCCAAAUAAGAAUAUAAACUGUUGUUUUAAAAACUGAAAGUGAAAAAAGCACUUGAAACACACCCAGUGCUUUGUGGGGGGACCCAGGGGAGAAUGUUCUGGGCGUGUUUUCCGUGUGCAUUCCCCAGCUCUCUGGGGGAUGGAGGGCGCUCAAACCAGCACUAUCUCACAAUGCACUGCCAUUUCCGCAGCACACUUUACACAUUCCCUUUGUGACAAAUAGAGCGUCACCGUUUCAGAAAAUACACGUAUAAAACAAACCAAAUGCCUAUUUUGGUUAACUUGAUCAAAGUUAACAGCCUUGUCGUAGUUGUGGGGCUAGCAUCAGUGCUUCUUACCGUGGGGAGGCUGAGACAUUUACACUGCUGUAGCUGUGGCGGAAAGCAAACGUACACUUGUCUCAUCCCUCAUUGAGGAGCACUGCAUUUCACAUUUGUGCAUUUCAAGGUUAACUGAUCCUUAUGAUUCCAGUCACUGUCCUUUAGAGCUUUCUCAGCGUGGUGGUCAGAGUCUCAGUGAACCAGCUAGAAACCAGCAUGAAAAUCAGAAUUCCUGGUGGCUAAUAAGCAGAGGACGAUGUUGGGGAAAGGAGAAAAAAAUCCCUAAAGCUUUAGAAAUAAACCACUGUCGUGUCGAUUUGAAGUUGGGUGUCUGCUUCCCUUGCUUAAGAAUGUUGCCAUAAAAGGAUAGGUCUGUCUGGUAGCUUAGCAACAUGCAAUUCAUCUGCACAAGAUAUUUUAAAUGUGGACCAGGCAGCUGCUGGCUCUGAGACCUGAUAUCAAUUGUUUUAAUCAAGCUUUAAUGUAACCCAAUACGGUGGUGACUGGGGAACGUAUUACUGCCGAGACAACCAACAUGUGUUCCAGUAUCUAUGCCAUUUGUUUAAUUCACAAAGUUUGCAAGAAUUGGCAAAUAAAUGGUUUUAAAGAUACUCAACAAUUUAGUACAAAUUUUAAUGAGUAUCAUAAAAAGGGUUAUCCAGGCGCGAUGGAGGAAAUGACUUGGAACCUUGGAUGUAGGCAAACAUCUACAUGGCACAGGGAGGAAUAGGACUGGCUUAGCAGAGGUGACAUUACUUCCUGUAGUGGACGUUCAGCCUGCUCCCUUGUGUUGCUGAAUUGCACCUCACAACAUAUCAGCACAGAAUCAUUACGAGUACCCAGAGCCAAAUACCUUAGUCCAGUGGUAAAAGUGCCUGACGUUUGUAACACAUGCACUUCUGUAACUGCUUCAUAUACAGCAUUAAAUGGGGGGGAAAAACGUGUUGCAUUUCGUUUGUUUUGCUCACUGUGUGUUAAUUGAGUGCUUGUCACCUAGUACUUAUACAAUUGUAGAAAACCUAAUCUGUUUUUGGGGUCCCCAGGAUGGUAUCUCCAGAAGGGGUCUCAGUGCUGUGGUGCUGUGGUGUACCCAGAACGGGCCUCAGAGAUGUGCCCCACAACCUGGAAUCAAACUGUGACUGUGAGAGGGAGUCGUCACAGCUCCCAGCCAUAAGCCCAGGAGGAAGGGUUUGCUAUAGAGCAUUUGGUUGAUUGGACACGUGUAGUUUAGCUACAUCUGCACACGUAACGCGCUCCAUGGCGUCGGCUGUCUGCGUUAAGCACGCACCCCGGAGGACACUGCGCGUCUGCGUUUACAGAGCUAGAGGACUCUGCAUCAGGAAGGGUUCAAACACCACCUGCCACUGUGAAAAUAUUUAGAGGACAUUUUCUUCCUUGUUUCUUUGUGAACAUAUAGAAGAUAAUUCCAGCCCAAAAGUAGGUCCAUCGUUGUUUUUCUAAAUAUAGAAUGAAGUUAUGUAAUGAUUCCUCAGUUGUAAGUCCAUCGCAUAAGCUUCACUUUGAAGACAGAUUAAUUCUAUGUCCAAAAAUAUAAAAAUUAUGAUUAAGCUGAUGGUGGAAUAUUUUGGUGAUCUCUGAUAAUGAAGGUUAAAAUUAGACAAAGCAAAUCUGCAAUUGCCUUAUGUUGUUUGCUGUCAUAAUCACAGUGCAGAUUAUGAGGUCAGAGGCCGCUUAUGAUGACGAAUGAAUGAGUUCGAUCAGCCAACGUCCCUUAGAGGUUUAUAAGGCUAAGGUGACACACACACACACACUGCAGGCUAAGCUGAAACAUGUAGCUUCCCUUCAUGUUUUCCCAUUGCAUGCCACAAUAUUCUGUUAAUAGAAGGCAUUUUUAAAAUGUAAGAACUUAUAAAGAGCGCCUCACAAAGCGUUUUAUUUAGUGUCGAGAAAAAACCAACAUGUUUAUUUUCCUGUUCUCUUAGAAGUUAUUUUGUAAUUAUACAAUUAAAUAUCCCGAUUCGUUAAUAGCCUACUGUGGCAUGUCAGCUAACCUUAAUCAGUCAUCCCAUUAACACUGUUCAGUGUUGGUACAUUUGUAAGUAAGCUAUUUUGUCAAAAUGCCAGUUCAUGCUUCUUACAACUAAAAAAUUGUUCAGGCUUGAACUCGGGAGUACAUUUUCAGGUAAAUUCAGGACGUGAUGCUGUGGCAUUGUUACAGAACCCCCAUAAUAGCAGAGCUAAAUUGUCUGAUAAAAUUCUAGGCUUAUAGUAACAUUUCUCAUAGGCCAGGAAAUCCACUCUGUCCGUUACUCCUCGGGUAUGCCUUAAUGAGGAAUCAGACAGGCGAGGCAAGUUAACUGAUCAAGCAAAGAGGUCAAUUAAGCAGUUAUGUGCCUAUUAACUUUGAAAACCAGGCCUCUUAUGUCUGUGCCCUUUCAGUCUAGUUGUGUCACCAUCUUAAAAAGCACCUUGUUUUAGAUUUGAUCAUUCACCCACAACACCCAAUAGAAUUCACCCCAUAUUCUGGUUUGUAGUUAGUGUGGCACCUUUCUGGAGUGGUUUGUGUUAAGACAGAAUAGAAAGGCAAAGGAUCAUUUGUGAAUGUUCAGAGAAUCAUUUUUGCAAACUAUGAUUAUGCAUGCUGGCAUUGUAUUUACAUAAUUAAAGAUGAGCCACA